AUGCAGGUGCUCCGCCAUCGGUACCGCUUCACCCGAGCGCUCAGCUCGACACUCUACGGAAGCGUCGUCGUCUGCCAAGAGACCGUCAAGUCCGCAACCGCAGCCUCGUCCAUCGUCAUGAAGCAGGUCUCCCUCGAGCGUAUGGCCAGCAUCGUCCGUGAUCUCCCCUCGGACGGCCACAUCCCCGACAACCCCCUCGUCGAGAUAGAAGUGGGCGACCUCAUUCGCAACGCCGGGGGUCACCCGAAUCUCGUGCACUACAAGGACUCGUUCAUCGAGCAGCAGACGCUCCACCUCGUCAUGGAACACUGCGCCGACGGCGACCUGUUCGACUACCUUGGCAGACGGAGACAACGCACCAUGUCAUGCAUGAACGCACUCAACGUGCUGUCGCAGGUGGCCACGGGACUCGCCUUCCUGCACAAGCAUGGGAUCGCGCACCGCGACGUCUCACUCGAGAACAUCAUGCUGCAUCACGGUCGUUGCAAGAUCGGAGACUUCGGGCUGGCUACGCGCGCAAACACUGCAAGCGGACGAAGAGUGGGCAAGGAGUACUACAUGGCGCCGGAGAUCGUCGCGGGUGAGACCUACGACCCAAAGGCGGCUGAUGUCUGGUCGCUGGGUAUCGUGCUCUUCAUCAUGCUCACAGGUUCACCGCUAGUGUCCCUCGCGUCGACGUCGGUCAAGUCAUUCCGCACACUGAAGCAAGCGGGCAUCAAGGUGGUGAUGCAGGCUUGGGGCGUCGCAGGCGUGUCGGACAGCGCGCUGCAGCUUCUGUCGGGGAUGUUGGAGACCGAUCCUAAGAAGCGCCUGACGGUUGCCCAGGUGCUCGAGCACGAGGCCCUGAAUAGUGAUUUUACCACGACCAAGUAA